UCCGGAUUUUUCUGGGUCGAUGUGAAUCGUAUAAAUUCGAAGAAUAGAAGAAAAAAAAGAUCUUAUCUCGAGAAACCGAUCAAUCACUUUGUCUAAAGAGGAUAAAAAGGAUCUUGUAGAUGAGCAAAUCACUGCGAAUCGUCGAUAUUCGCGAAAGAUUGCAGAGAUAAAGCGAUGGCAUGAUCAGCUGAUGCAAGAAACGUCAAGCACGUGGAAGAGGAAGGUUAAUUAAAACAUUGCGUACGCAAUUAAUUUUGUUAAUUAUUACGUGACAUGCUGUAAAAAAAAACAAACCUAUCGCUAUGUCACGUGCGCUGUCUUCGUUUUGUUCCCGCGAUAUAUCGCGUCGAUGACGACUCGUUUUCAGAGUGUCCCACGGCAAAAUUUUGUAUCGUAAGGUUUAGGUUUUUUAAAGCGUGCACGUGUGUGAGAAAGACAUUCUACGAUGAAUGAACUAGGUAACGUAUCGUCGAACAUUGACUUGGACGAUCCAAGAUUUCGCAUUAAACCGUACCAGCAAAUUAUAGCUUCUUCCACUGGUGCAUUUAUCACAUCAGUGUUUGUGACUCCAUUGGAUGUAGUAAAAAUACGUCUUCAAACGCAACAGAAAGCAAUGCUUUCAAACAAAUGUUUUGUAUAUUGCAAUGGUUUGAUGGAUCACUUGUGUUCAUGUACCGAUGGUAAAAUGCCCGAAUGGAUGAGAAGAAAUGGAAAAUUCAAUGGAACAUUGGAUGCUUUGGUAAAAAUAAGUAAAACAGAAGGUAUGAUAUCACUGUGGAGUGGCUUGAGUCCCACUCUUGUUUUAGCUAUACCUGCAACUGUGGUAUACUUUGUUUCCUACGAACAAUUGAGAAUACAUCUCAAGGAUACGUAUAACAGAAAGUUUAGAAAAAGAGGCACCAAUAUGGAACAACCUUUCUGGAUUCCCGUGUUAGCUGGUGGUACGGCACGGAUUUGGGCCGCGACACUGGUGAGUCCAUUGGAAUUGAUAAGAACAAAAAUGCAAUCACAGAAACUAAGUUACGCAGAAAUGACACAAGCAUUGAAAACAGUUGUGAGAUACAGCGGUAUUUCUGGCUUAUGGAUGGGAUUGAGUACGACCCUACUUCGCGACGUUCCUUUUAGUGCUAUAUACUGGUUGAAUUACGAGACCAUAAAGAAGAUUUUUUACACCUCACAGCAUACUUUUACUUUUAAUCUGGCAGCAGGUGCCGUGGCUGGAUCUAUAGCAGCAUUUUUCACUAUUCCAUUUGAUGUAGUAAAAACGCAUAGGCAAAUUGAAAUGGGUGAAAAGGAAAUUUAUUCAGAUAAACCUAGUCGAAGUAGCAAUACAUGGUCCAUAAUACAGAGGAUCUAUCAUCAGAAUGGAUUAAAGGGUUUAUUCACAGGCUUAACACCGCGUUUGGUGAAAGUAGCCCCAGCUUGCGCAAUUAUGAUCGCAACCUUCGAACACGGCAAGCGUUUCUUUCAAUCGUAUAAUGCUAGGAAAGCCAUUGGAUUUGAAAUUGAACACGAUGUACAUUUAUUGCAGCAUAAACCAAGUAGUACGGAAUGAUGUGCCUGACAUAGCAAAUUGUACAAAUCCACAAUAAAGUUACGUUCUAAUGUA